AUGGCCACCGACACAGCAUAUGAUGCGCAGGACCAAGGGCCGGCCCUGCUGGUGGUGAUAUGGACGCUCACGGGCAUCACCACCGUGAUGGUCGCCGUGCGACUAUUCAUCCGGACCAAGAUUAUUCGCAAUCUAGGGCUGGACGACUGGCUGAUUGCCUUUUCCAUGGUCUGUACUCGUCCACCUGCGUCUGCAACCGCCCGCGACCAUAUUAACCCCCACUCCCCCGUGCAGGUCCUCGGCCUUGUCAACGUCGCGCUGACCACUCUCGCGGUUCACCACGGAUUCGGCAAACACUCGUCGACUAUCGGUCCGGUCGCCACGGAGAAGGCCAACUUCAUCAUCGACAUCGGUUGGAUCUUCGGCAUCCUGUCGUUUGCGGUGCCGAAGCUGGGCAUCGCCGCUCUGCUGACACGCAUCCUGAACCCGUCGCCCCGGGUGUGGUGGAUGAUCUGGGGAUUGACGGGGUUUGUGGGCGUUGUCGCCGUGGUCAAUAUCCUCGUUUUCUUCACCUCGUGCAAUCCUCCAGAGGCGCUGUGGCAUCCCACCGCGGGGAUGACGUGUCGCAGCACCGAUGUGAUCAUUGGCUAUGCGACGUUUAACGGGGCAACGUCCGCAUUCACAGACUUAGCUCUCGCGGUCUAUCCGAGCAUGGUGCUCUGGCGACUGCAGAUGUCGCUCCGCAAGAAGAUUGCGUUGUGCUUGGCUUUGGGCGUGGGCACAGUUUCUGCCUGUGCCGCCAUCAUCAAGAUCACCCAUCUGAAAGCUCUCGCCGACGUCACCGACGCUACCUCAACAGACGGCAGCUGGUCCCUGGUCAUGUGGACAAAUCUAGCAAUGGCCGCCUCCAAAACCGUCCAAGUCCCCCAUCUGGGCGGCAUCAAAGCCGGCUACGCCCUAGCAAACGACACCUACGACCCGUCCAAGCCGACCUGCGUGCUCAUCAACUCGAUGUGCAUGACUGUGUCGCUCUACCAGGCUCAAUUCCAGGACCCUCAGCUCACCGCCGCGAUGAACCUCCUGGCCAUCGAGCCCCUGGGCCACGGAUCGACCAGCUGCGCGGCCGAGCAUUUCACCUACUGGGACACGGCCAUCAUGGCGCUCCAGGUGAUGGACCAGCUGGGCAUCAAGCAGGCCUUUGCCUUGGGCACGAGCCAGGGCGGCUGGAUGGUCGCGCGGAUGGCCCUUUUGGCCCCGGAUCGGAUCCUCGGAAUCAUGCCGCUGGGCGCGUCGAUGGACUACGAGUCCGCCGACUCCCGCUCCAAGGGCUGCUGGGACCCGGCCCCUCUCCUGACGCCCUUCUACCAGAAGUGGACCAGCGCCGUGCCCACGCCGGACUUUGUGGUGGACGAGACCUGGCGCGGCAUGGUGGGCAGCUUUGGGUUUGGCGCGCACGCAACGGCCGAGUCGACCGCGUUCUGGUCGGACACGCUGCGCGAUGUGUACCAGGGCGAUGAGGGCCGCAGGAAGGUGCGCAUGGCUGUGAUCUGUCUGCUGGAGCGCGACGGGCUGCUGCUCCGGGUGGGGGAUAUCCAAUGUCCGGUGCACUGGCUGCACGGCACGGAAGACACGGUCUACUCCACGCAGGUCGCGGCGGAGCAGAUCCAGCUUUUUGUCCGCUCGCGUGAAGCCAAAUUGGUGCCGAUCGAGGGUGGAGCCCAUUAUCUCAACGCUACGAACCCGGACCAGGUCAACCAGGCGUUGUUGGAGAUGGUCAACAAGUACAAGUAG